ACGGAAGUGGUGAAUCUCUGUGACUUCCGGAGGAGACUGAGAGCAUCAGACAUCUGCAGCAUCUGGACCGGGACCGACAGACAGGUGGACCCGCAGGCAGACAGACAGACAGGCAGACAGGUGGACAGGUGGACCCGCAGGCAGACAGACAGGCAGACAGGUGUCUCUCUCUCUCUCUCUCUCUCUCCCAGCAUCCUCCGCGGUGUCUCUCUCCUGCAGACCGGUGCGGGGUUCCGGGCCGUGCCGGGCCGUGCCGGGCCGCUCCAUGGGGGACAGCAUGGCGGAGGAGACCCGGGUCAUCUACCACCUGGAGGACCAGGACACCCCCUACCUGAUCCGGAUCAACGUGCCCGCGCAGCGCGUCACCCUGGCGGACUUCAAACAGGUCCUGAACAAACCGAACCUCAAAUUCUUCUUCAAGUCCGUGGAUGACGACUUCGGGGUGGUGAAGGAGGAGAUCAGUGAUGAAGAUGCAAAACUGCCGAUUAUAAACGGACGAGUUGUCUGCUGGCUCGUGUCUUCAGAAACCUGUCAGUCAGAUUUCAGGGGUUCAGACAUUCAGUCCGUGGCCACGCCCACCAGCCUGGCCCCGCCCCCCAUAGAGAGGACAGGUGGGAUCGGAGACUCCAGACCUCCAUCCUUCCAUGCUGCUGCUGUGAGCGGUCAGGAGGAGCAGCAGGGGUCAGAGGUCAGCGCUGUCACUCCACCUCCUCAGAGAGGAGAGAGAGAGACUGAUCGAGGUGGGUGUCUGAAUGGCCACGCCCACCAACCAGCUGAGCAGAAUGGGGCGGAGCCAACAGGUGGUGGUGACAGCUCGUCAACCCAACAGAGCAGCCAAUUAGAGACGACCAGUUUCUGCUCAUCAGAGGAAGACUCAGGAGGAAGGUUCAGCCAAUCAACAGGGCGGAGCAGCUCCUCGCCGCGACUCGUCAGGCGACAACGGCGCCGCCACCGGAAACCCAAAACCCAGCGGAUGGAGAGGUCUGUGUCUUUCAGCAGUGUCACUGACUCCACCAUGUCGCUCAACGUCAUCACUGUAACUCUGAACAUGGAGAGGUAUAACUUCCUGGGUAUCAGCAUUGUGGGUCAGAGUAACGACAGAGGAGACGGAGGAAUUUAUAUCGGCUCCAUCAUGAAGGGAGGAGCGGUGGCAGCAGACGGACGCAUCGAGCCCGGAGACAUGUUACUACAGGUGAACGACAUCAACUUUGAGAACAUGAGUAACGACGACGCUGUCAGAGUCCUCAGAGAGGUCGUCCACAAACCAGGUCCGGUGACGUUAACGGUGGCAAAGUGUUGGGAUCCAAACCCACGAGGCUGCUUCACACUGCCGAGGAGUGAGCCGGUCCGUCCGAUCGACCCCGCUGCCUGGGUGUCACACACCGCCGCCAUGACGGGGAGUUUACUCCCACACUACGGCGUGCACGAAGAAAACCAUCUCACCAUCCACAGCGACAUGACGGCUGUUGUCAAGGCGAUGGCCAAUCCUGAGUCGGGCCUGGAGGUUCGGGACCGGAUGUGGCUGAAGAUCACCAUCCCCAACGCCUUCAUCGGUUCAGACGUGGUGGACUGGCUCCACCGUAACGUGGAAGGUUUCACUGACCGCCGCGAAGCUCGCAAGUAUGCAGGAAACCUGCUGAAGGCCGGUUACAUCAAACACACCGUCAACAAGGUGACCUUCUCCGAACAGUGCUACUACGUGUUCGGGGACCUCUGUGGAGAUCUGGGUCUAAUGUCUCUGCUGGAUCAUGGAGAGGCCUCCAGUCGUGGAGGAGGAUCAGAUGGUGACCCCCAGGCUCCGGCUUCAGGUCCCCAGUGGGCCCCAGCCUUUCCCUACCAGUACCCCGUCCCUCACCCCUACAGCUCACCUCACCCCCUCCCUCAGCUGCCAGCCUGGGGGGGAGGAGGAGGAGGAGGAGGAAGUCAACACAGUGGAGGAAGUCGUAGCAGCGGAUCAAACUGUAGUGACCGUCUGAAGGAAGGAGGAGGAGGAGGAGGGAGCGGAUCAGAGCCCACCAAAGAGGGAGUGAGCACUUCACCUGACAAACAGCUGGUGGCAGACUCCCCCACCGCUGCCGCCGGCACCCGUCAACUCCCAACCUCCUUCUCUGGUCUCCAUGGUAACAAAGACUCUAAGGACCUCCCGCCGGCGCCAUCGCCAUCUCAAGCUCAGCCUGGCAACCUUUCUGCUUCGCGGCAGUCCUUCUGCCUGGCCAUGGGAAACCCCAGUGAUUUCUUUGUGGAUGUCAUGUGAUGAUGAUGUCACAACCUGUCCUGGUUUUAAAAAGAAGAAAUUUGUACAAUCUGCCGACGCUGAUCAAAGAACCAUCUUUAAGUUUUUAUACUCCACAGAAAGAACCGAAUGAACAAAAUAAACUUUUGUGUUUAAGCAUUUGAACUCAUUCAGGGACGUUUAACUUCAGUAGAACCUCGUUGAUGCUGAACGCGGUGUUUGUUUUGGACCAUCUUCCAGCAGAGUCCUCAGGCUGGGUCGUCUCCAGGACUACAUUCAGAUACUCAGAACAGUUGGAGUACCUCGGGUCUUUAUUGGUUUACUGGGAGAUCUAUACCCAGAAACAUAUCAGUUUAUCGUUGGGAACCAACCAAAGUGUCAUAUUCUGCAGGUCGUUGUGAAGCUCCCUCUGUUGAUGACUUUGAUUGGUUGAUUGAUUACAAUCGUCUUUGUAGGUCUUUUACUGGACUACCGAAGCUCUCGGUCUAACAGUGGAUCUCUGGUUAGGAACUUUAGUGAUAAAAGAAGGAGAUUGCCAUCAGGAAGGAGGUUGGAGGAGGACUGCUACAUGUUGAAAGGAGUCUGUUCAUGUGGUUUGGAGGUUUCUCUUUAGAGGUGUUCUGGCCAACUGGAAGCAGACCUGGACCUUGCUGAGCCUGCUGCCACCCCGUUCAGGCUUCGGGGUUCUCACACUGAAAAGGAAACGAGGUGGAAUAUUUGUUUACUGGCUCUUUAUGGACCAGUUUGUGAGCAGGAUUCAGGUCUCAGUUCUGUACCUCAGUGUUUAUCUUUCCAUUGUCUUCACCUGCAAUCAUAUUGUGCGCACCUUUAAUCAUAUUAAUAUAUGAGAUAUCAGUCUGAUGUUUUUAUUUAUGAACAUAGUUUUAUUUUCCUCUGCUGUCCGUCUUCACUCUCUGAAGAGUUUUAACAUUAAAAAAUGUCCAACAAA